CUCUCCUCUCUCCCAAUCUCUCUUUUUUUUUCUCUCUCUCACACACUGUCUAAUGCCUCUAUUCUGCUCUGUCAGUCACAGAGUGAUAGUAAGAUAGAGAAGCAUUAGUAGACACAAAUUGUGAGAGAGGUGGCCUUAAAACAGUACACAAAGUAGAGAGAACUUUUUCUACUUUUCCAUGUUUGGGAGGAGAGAGAUCUACACCAUAAGUGAGUCAUCCCUUCUUAGCCAUCAAAGUUAAAUAAGUUCCAAGAAGGGCAUUUUGUUACCAUUUCAACCCCAUACAAAAAGGACUCACCAACACUUGGACUCAAUAUAUAUCUCACUCAUUUUUCACCUCAUUCUUCUCAACUCGAUCACUAUUCAAAAUGGUUGAAUCUCAACCCAAGUUCUUCAUCCCAGACUCAAUCCAAGGGGUGAAUUUGGAUGUGGCUGCACAGAUUAACAUGGUUUGGGAAGUGAUCAAGGCACCAUUGAUAGUUCCAUUGCUCAAUGUUGGGGUGUACAUUUGCUUAGCAAUGGCCCUUAUGCUGUUCAUGGAGAGGGUGUAUAUGGGCAUUGUCAUAAUCUUGGUGAAGCUCUUUUGGAAGAAACCAGAACAACGUUACAAGUAUGAGCCACUCCAAGAUGAUGUGGAACUAGGAAGCUCUAACUUCCCUGUGGUUCUUGUGCAAAUUCCAAUGUUCAAUGAAAAAGAGGUGUACAAGGUGUCAAUUGGAGCAGCUUGUAAUCUUUCAUGGCCUGCGGACCGUCUAGUGAUCCAAGUCCUUGAUGAUUCUACUGACCCUGCUAUAAAGCAAAUGGUGGAGAUGGAGUGCCAAAGAUGGGCAAGCAAAGGCAUAAACAUAACGUACCAAAUCAGAGAAAACAGAACGGGGUACAAAGCAGGUGCUCUCAAAGAAGGUCUAAAACGCAACUAUGUGAAGCACUGCGAAUAUGUGGCCAUUUUCGAUGCAGAUUUCCGGCCAGAACCUGAUUUUCUAAGGCGUGCCAUUCCUUUCUUAGUGGGCAACCCUGACAUUGCUCUUGUGCAAGCUCGUUGGAGAUUUGUGAAUGCGGAUGAGUGUUUGUUGACAAGAAUGCAAGAGAUGUCUCUGGAUUACCAUUUCACUGUGGAGCAAGAAGUUGGAUCAGCCACUCAUGCUUUCUUUGGUUUCAACGGUACAGCUGGUGUUUGGAGAAUAGGAGCUAUCAAUGAAGCAGGAGGGUGGAAAGACAGAACAACAGUGGAAGAUAUGGACCUUGCAGUUCGUGCUAGUCUUAGGGGAUGGAAAUUUUUGUACCUUGGAGACCUUCAGGCAAAAAGUGAACUUCCCAGUACUUUGAGAGCCUUCAGAUUCCAGCAGCAUCGAUGGUCUUGUGGUCCUGCUAAUCUGUUCCGCAAAAUGGUGAUGGAGAUAGUAAGAAACAAGAAAGUUAAGUUUUGGAAGAAGGUGUACGUUAUAUACAGCUUCUUCUUUGUUCGAAAAAUCAUAGCUCACAUGGUCACCUUCUUCUUCUACUGUGUUGUGAUUCCCCUUACAAUUUUGAUCCCUGAGGUUCAUGUUCCAAUAUGGGGAGCUGUUUAUAUUCCUUCCGUCAUUACCAUUCUCAAUUCAGUUGGAACGCCAAGGUCCAUUCACCUUUUGUUCUACUGGAUCCUCUUUGAGAAUGUGAUGUCUUUGCACCGUACCAAGGCAACCUUUAUAGGCCUACUAGAAGCUGGAAGGGCCAAUGAAUGGGUUGUAACUGAAAAACUUGGUGAUUCUGUCAACAAUAAUAAGAAUAAAACAGGAGAUGCUGCCAAGAAGAAUAAUGUCAAAGCCACCCCCAAAAAGACUCGAUCCAAAUUUGUUGAAAGACUUAAUUUACUGGAGCUGGGAUUUGCUAUCUUCCUGUUCUUCUGUGGAUGCUAUGAUUUUGUGCAUGGGAAACACAACUACUUUAUCUACCUUUUCCUUCAGACAAUCACUUUCUCCAUUGUAGGAUUUGGCUAUGUUGGCACCAUUGUGUAAAGCUGGUUGAGCCAAGAUCUCAAGUUACUCAAGUUUCAUCAAUGUUGUGUUCAUAUUUUUCUAGUUUCUCCUCUGCAAAAUACAUGAAGGGGGGCUAAUUUCUUCAAGCAGCAAAAGGCUGUACCAAAUCAUCUACAGCUAGUUUAAAGAAGCUCAUUUUCAAUUUUGGAAAGAAAAGUUCUUUCCAAGAUUUCAUUGUCAUCAAUCAAGAAGAUACAAAUCACAGGCAGAGGGUGGUGUUAUUAUUAGAAUUGCAUUACACAGGCUUAAGGAGAACCAAGAUCUACCAGAAAGCACUUAAAUUAGAGCCUUAGACAUGGAGUAGACAGUGUGAUUUUGUUUGCAUAGAUUGUUUUGUGAGAUUUUAUAGUUAUAUAUUUCGUGGGUCCUUUAUUUAUUAGUUUUGCUUAGUCUGAGCCAAAUAAUCUGGUGGAUAAAAAUGCGCUUCUAAUUCAUGUUAUUUGUCAUUUUUUUCCCCCAAGGAAUGAAUUUUAUUUACCAUACAU